UGUUUUGCGACUUGCUUGUGUUAGCGCGCCGCCGCCGCCGUCGCCGUCAUCCGCCGUUGAAGCUACAACACAGACACAUCGCCAGAGGCCCCCGCAGCGGCGACAAAAACCUCGUUAUGAUGCUUAUAAGUCGCUCGAAGUCGGGACAUCGUCAGGCACUGAAGAGGAAGAUGGAGGUGCAGAGUGGUGUUCAACAGGCGGAGCCCAGCCCUCUGGGCUCCCCUCGGUCAGGGGCCAAUCAGCAGACUGAACUGGAUGACAGACAGACGGAUGCCAGUGGCAGGCCUCCCUCUGACAACCACAGUAAGGAUGCGCAGCCAGCAAGCCAGAAAGAUGAUAAAAAACCCAGUGCAGCGGUGAGAGGGUACCAAAGCAGUAAGGCAGCAGCCAUGAGUUCAAGCCGUGGCUCCAGUUGGACCACUGGUAGCAGUGGUAGUGAAGGGUCCUGGAGUGGCCCCUCCUUCACCCAUGCAAGUCUGCAGCAUUACCUACCCCACCAACAGCACCCGCAUCACCACCAUCAGUCCACGCACACGAGCUACGCCUACUGCCCAGCCCACACAGCUCAGCCCUAUGCUCCACCCCCUCAUCCAAUGGCUCCUCCCAGCCCUAGCACCAACAGCUGCAGCCAGGGAGGGGCAGAGCAGCUGAGUAAGACCAACCUGUAUAUCCGAGGCCUGCCACCUGGGACCACCGACCAGGACCUCAUCAAACUCUGCCAACCCUAUGGAAAAAUAGUGUCAACCAAGGCCAUUCUGGAUAAGAACACCAAUCAGUGCAAAGGCUAUGGCUUUGUGGAUUUUGACAGCCCAGCUGCAGCACAGAAGGCCGUGUCGUCUCUCAAAGCCACUGGGGUGCAGGCCCAAAUGGCCAAGCAACAAGAGCAAGAUCCCACCAACCUGUACAUCUCCAACCUGCCGGUUUCUAUGGAUGAGCAGGAGUUGGAGAACAUGCUGAAGCCUCUGGGUCAUGUCAUCUCCACGAGGAUACUGAGGGAUGCCAAUGGGGUCAGCAGAGGAGUUGGUUUUGCCAGGAUGGAGUCCACAGAGAAAUGUGAAGUAGUGAUACAGCAUUUCAAUGGAAAAUACCUGAAAACCCCACCAGGCAUUCCAGCACCCACGGAGCCUUUGCUGUGCAAAUUUGCCGACGGAGGGCAAAAGAAACGCCAGAGCCAGAGCAAGUACCCUCAGAACGGGAGGCCGUGGCACAGAGAUGGCGAGACUGGCAUGGCAUUAACAUAUGAUCCCGCUGCAAUGCAGAAUGGGUUCUACUCCUCGCCUUACAGCAUCGCCACCAACCGCAUGAUCGCACAGACCUCCAUCACGCCCUUCAUCGCUGCUUCCCCCGUUUCCACAUAUCAGGUGCAGAGUACGUCAUGGAUGCCUCAUCAACAAUAUGUUAUGCAACCUACAGGUGCAGUGAUCACGCCAGCCAUGGACCACACCAUGUCCAUGCAGCCUGCCAGCAUGAUGGGCCCUCUCACCCAGCAGAUGAACCAUCUGUCCCUGGGCACUACAGGAAGUUACAUGACUGCUGCAGCCGCCGCGGCGCCUAUGCAAGGGACCUACAUUCCCCAGUACACUCCUGUGCCUGCACCAGCCGUCCCUGUCGAAGGAGUGGUGACGGACGCCUCCCCCCAGACAGCGGCUCCCUCAUCACAGGAGGUGGCUGGCCAGCAGCAACAGAUCCAGGUGGACAGUGCUGGCGACCAUGUUCCCGCUUACUCAUACCAGUCCAAAUAGCAACAGCCUGAGCGAAUGUUCCUGUGACAGCGUUGCCUUGAGACAGAAGGUGGCUGCACUGUGAAUGUGAGGAAAAGAGAAUAGAAAGAGAUUGCUUCCAGAUUGCCCAGGCACCAAAAAAAGAGAGACUUUUUUUCAUUUCCUACCUGGCCUAUGAGAAAAAAAAAUGCAAGAAGGAGGCAAAGAGUACUGAGGAGGGGGAUGAGAAAAUUGCUGGGCACAGUGCAAAGAAUUGAAAUUGUUUAGUCUGGGAACCUGCCUGAAGGGCUGGGCUGAAGCUUGAAAAGUUUCUCGAAGAAAAUUCUCUACCAAUUAAAAAAAAAUCAAAAAAAACAAAUAAAAAAAUGACAAAAAAAAAAAAAAGGUUGAAUGCGCAAGUAGGUGAUGAAGUUUAUUUUGUAAUUAGAAAAGGGGAGUCAAGUUUGAGAUACACACAGAGAUUGUCUUCCUCAGAUAUUAAGCUACAAUUUCUUUUCACUCUUUUUUAUGUUCUAGUGUUAAAUUUUAGUUUUCUAGAUAUAUUCAAACGAAGUGUUUUUUCUUUCUUGAAUCUUCAUGGCCUUAAUUUGAAGGGCGCCAGAAACUUUUUACAGAGUUAAACUCUGACGUCUGGUUAGGAAAAUAAAAAAUUAGUAAACAAAAGCAGUCUCUUGGACCACUUGGAGGGGUACAAGGCACUGGAUGAGUUGUUCUAAAGAUGAAAAAAGAAUCUAUCACAUAAGCUGUACAGAUUUAAUAGAGAAGAGUUUUUUUUUUUCUUUUCUUCAUAAGAAGAAAACUUUGAUAAUUAUUAUGUCAGAGGUAACUAAGUGUCAGAAGAAAACAAAAUGUCUGUUGGGGAAAAAGACUUGGGGGGGAGAUGAAGCUCUUAAGAGAUUUUUCACAAUGAGGAAAAAAUGAAAACAUAAGAAAACAUGCUGCAUUGUGGAUGCAGUCUGUUGCAAAUGCUGAACUUGUUUUUAUUAUCAUAAUUAUUAUUUUACAUGGCAAAGUUGCUGUCAAUGACAUUAGUGCUUUUUAUCUGCCACAUUUUACCUUUUUUAUGAGCUUUAAGAUGUUUUUAGCCCGCUUUGCUUGUCACACUGCGAAAAGAAAAAAGAAAAAGAAGAAGAAAAAAAUUAUAAAAUGAACAAAAAAAAAAAAAACUACGGAAAAAUUCUGGCAGUGAAAUAAAAACAGUAGAUUCAGUAGGAGCUUAUGGUUGAAACCAAUCAGUGCAAAAGCAAUAGAAGAAAUUGUUGACAAUUUCUGUAGUCUUUCCUAGUUGUGGAUCAAAUGCAGCCCAUGGAUGGCCAUUUUUAUACCAAAGAUGAAGAGACACUCUGAACCAGAGUUUUGGUUUUUUGUUUUUUUGUUUAUUUUUGUUUUGUUU